ACCUGCAUACCUGCCUCCUGGUCAGGAUAUGCCACCUGCAUCACCACAUAAACCUGGGGGUCAACCUCCUGCGGUAGCAGGAAUUCCAGUGGGUCCUGGUAGUGGCGAGGGUUGGAGAAGUGGCCUUUUUGAUUUCAUGGAUGAUCCGAUGAACGCUCUGAGUACAGCUUUAUUCCCAUGCUUGACAUUCGGUCAGAUCGCUGAAAUUGUGGAUGAUGGCCACACAACUUGUGGAACCAGUGGACUGCUUUACGGUGCGAUCGCCUUCUGCAUUGGGAUGCCUUGCCUAAUGUCAUGCACGUAUCGAACCAAACUAAGAAACAAGUUUGGGCUCCCGGAGGCUCCAGCUCCGGAUUGGGUUACUCACUUCCUUUGUGAAUGGUGUGCUCUUUGCCAAGAGUACAGGGAGCUUCAACAUAGAGGCUGGGAUCCUUCUAUAGGAUGGCAGGGAAACCUGGCAAAGAACCAGAUGCGGCAGCAGGCAAUGGUGGCACCGACGAACCAAAGAAUGAUGGCUUGAUGAUGAGAAACUGAUCUUUCGAAUGGUUUUGAUUUGUUUUUUUUUAGUAAUGUUUCUGGUUGGAUUGUUAUAUUUUGAGUCAAAUGCUCCCAAUUUAGUUUCUGUUGAUAAAAUAUCUCAACGAGUGUGUUCGGUUGUAAACAUGUAAUUGCUUUCAAAAGGAAAUAUUAUGUUUCUUAUUUAAUAAUUAUAAACUACUAGAUCAUGACAUACUUAUUACUGGGUGAAAUAAAAUAUUAAGUAUAAAUAAAUAAAUAAGAAGUAAUUAACGAACUAUCGGAUAAUUUGUUAUUAGUGAUAUUUUCA